GCAUUCUUGUGCAUGUUUGACGAGAAUGGCGCAAUGUCAUGUUUUAAAUAGAAUUCGUGGGAUGGGAAGGAAGUUUACCCAUAACCCGCCGUUAGUCUCGAAAAAGGAAUCGAGUCAAUUUGUUCUCCCGUCUCUUAAAUUCGGUCGAAUCUCACAUAACCCCCCCCCAGAAAACAUCCAACAUCUGAUAUUUGAUUUCAAAGCUCAUAACAAAAACAGAUAAGAGUUUAGGCAGCGUAUGUCAAGGGAUCAUAAGGUCCGCCAUUUUUCGACGAAUCACAACGGGGGACAAGAGAGCACGCAAUUGUUGCAUGAGAUGUCAUAUAGGUGCUGAUCUACAUGCAAGCUAUUUUGUGUGGUUACGAUUCAAUAUAUGUCUUAUAUAGUUCAUAUGGCAUCAUUGAUAUGGCUGGGCUUCGGUGGUGAGAUAAUGGUGAAAUUGGGGGAGGGUGAAACAUGAUAGUAGUUGAGCAGCUAUCGAUCUAAAAAUCGAAGACUGCUAAAGAUACAGAUUCUGUAUUGAAGAUAAUUAUCUCCAAGUUCGAGCCUGCUCGCUGAAGUGUUUUCUUUGCUCUUUUAUGAUAGAGUCCAUUCUUCUGUCGUCGGGUAUUGCAAUUCUAUGUUCCGGGCCUUCACAUUCCAACGCGAUAACGACUUUGCUCGUGGCUUUUAUCUUAAACCAAUUUUUCUAAUAUCAGCGUAUGAGAAUUAUGCCAUCGUAGCUGCGUUCUUCAAUAUCCCCCAAAGAUGUCGACAUCAACAAGUUCCGCCGACUCAUCAGCUCUCGAGUCCGAGCCUCUUCUCUCCUCUCGCUCAACCUCCGUCAACUCCCUUUCCUCUCCACCAUCCAAGCCCUCCCGUCAAAUAGAAGACGACACCAUCCCCGAAACCAGCACUUUAGGUCGUAACCUGUCCUGGUCAAGCGCCUACAUACUCGUUAUAUCCCGAGUAAUCGGUUCCGGGAUUUUUGCAACCCCCGGAUCCAUCCUCAAAACAACCGGCAGUAUCGGUCUUGCCUUACUUCUCUGGGUUGCUGGUUCUAUACUUGCUUGGCUCGGUCUUCAAAUUUCUCUAGAAUAUGGUUGCAUGCUUCCUAGAUCUGGAGGCGAAAAAGUAUACCUUGAAUUUACUUAUCCACGACCUCGAUUUCUUGCCAGCACCCUUGUAGCUGUACAAGCAGUACUAUUAGGGUUUACAGCAAGCAAUUGCAUCGUUUUUGGCGAAUAUGUGCUUUUUGCUUUUGGAAUUGAGGGUACGGAAUUGGGGCAAAAAGCUAUCGCCUUGGGACUCUUAACCUGGAUAACGAUCGUUCAUGGAUGCUUUCUCAAAACGGGAAUAUGGAUUCAAAACUUCUUAGGAUGGAUCAAAGUAGGUCUCAUCCUUUUCAUGGCCCUAACUGGAAUAUUCGUCGUGGUGUUCGGUGUAAAGCUUCCAGAAAUAGGACCUGAAGUUCCUACAUUAUCCAGGGAAGGAUUUUCCUGGGAUGGACUUUGGACUGGUUCAAAUUGGCAUUGGGGAACUCUGACAACUGCUGUUUUCAAAGUUUCGUAUUCUUAUGCAGGAUUGUCGAAUCUGAAUAAUGUUCUUAACGAGGUCAAGGACCCGGUCAGAACGUUGAAGACUGUCGCGCCGGCUGCCUUAUUUACAGCUUGUUCGUUGUAUCUAUUAGCCAAUUUUGCGUAUUUAUCUGUGGUUCCGCUGGAGGAAGUGAAGGAAAGUGGACAACUUAUUGCUGCAUUGUUUUUCGUGAGAGUUUUUGGUGAUGUAGGGGGGCGAAUCCUAUUGCCAUUGGCUGUGGCGGUUAGUGCGGCCGGAAAUGUUAUGGUUGUCACUUUUACACUCGCCCGUGUGAACCAAGAGAUAGCCCGUCAAGGUUUCCUCCCCUAUUCUAAGUACCUCUCCUCAGCUCCCUUCGGUGCACCUCUCGGCGGUCUAAUAGUCCACUACAUUCCCUCCUUCCUGGUGAUCGCUAUACCUCCUCGAGGUGACGUCUAUAACUUCAUCAUAGACGUUGAAGGUUAUCCAGGUCAAUUUGCAGCAUUAGCCCUCUCUUUAGGACUAAUUUAUCUUCGCUAUAGUCGGCCAGACUUGAAGAGACCUUUCAAAGCAUGGUUGCCGGCAGUUUGGAUUAGGAUAGCAGUUUGUUUGGCAUUGAUCGCGGGCCCCUUUUUUAAACCGACAAAGGGAAGCGCAGAUGUGGGGUUUUGGUAUGCGACAUACGCUGUUGUGGGGGUAGGCAUCAUUCUUUUUGGGGUAGGCUGGUGGGCGGUAGUGUUUUGGGGAUUGCCACGGCGGGGUGGGUACAGAGUUGAGGAAGAAGUGGAGAUUUUGGGAGACGGAACAAGUGUUACGAGGUUGGUUAGGGUAAAGGGCGAAGAGUGAAGACUGAUAUAAUAGCAUUGCGAAGGUUCAUUUGAAUGUUUUGGAUGGGAAUUGGGGUUGUAAUGUAAACAUGGCGCGAUCCCGGCCAAUCUUGUCAUUAUUACCAGGAUAGAGUUGGCAAUAUUUUCUUCAUGCGGUUUUAAUUCAUGAUGGGAACAAUGAAGCUCCUGUUCGAUAGCCGGGAAGCUGAUAAUGACUCGAAGGUUGAGAUCCUGGGCCUCAUGGGUAGGUACUAUGAGACAAGAGUUCUCUGGACCGAAUGAGGCUACUUGAAAUCAUGACAAAAUGGCAGAUAACAGGAACGUCUCGUCAAGCCGUUUGAAUAUUGAUAGAAGAAGAAUGUGACCAGGGAUGAGGGCCCAAUCUCGGCUAGGACUUAAGUACUUGGCAAACUUACAGUGAGGUGACCUAUUUCGGGGACGAAAUAAGCAAAGUACAAACCUGUGAUGUUUUUACUUGAAACUUUGCUUGGUGUGGCCCUAGGAAAGUGAGAUAGGGUUCACAGAUGGUAGAACUGCUCAGUGUUCUGAAUCGGAUUCCAUUUCCCUCGUUCGGCCAGG